AUGAUAAAUACUCUCGAAUCUAUUCCACAGGAAGAGUCCCCAGGUCAACAAAUCUCUUCCAAUGAGAAUAUCAGUCCUCAAAAAGUUCACGUCCCUCACAAUCAUCGUUACAAAGAAAACAAAGAGGUCACAAAGAUUGUCAAAUCUUACCUUCGUUCAACUGCAUACGAUUGUCCAUCGACUGAAGGAAUCCCAUUUCCGAUCAAAGAACUCAACUUUUCAAACCAAGCUUCUUUAGGUCCAUGGAUUACCGUACCCGAGAAAUACAAAGCUAUGAGGGAUUGGAGGAUCUUGAUCGUUUGUACCGCUGUCAAUAGUAUGACUCAACAAUUCCAUUGUCUCUUAUCUAUGCUCAAGUUCAACUCGGUGUCUAUCCAAAUGGCGACGAACGAAAAAGAUGUGGUGGCGGCUGUCGAAACUUGGAAACCACAGUUGGUGAUCGGCACGUUCCUGACUAUGAAAGUUCCAGAGUCAGUGUUUAAGAAUGUUUUGACGCUCAUUGUUCAUCCCGGUCCACCUGGAGAUGUCGGACCUUCUUCCCUCGAUUGGGCUUUGAUGGGUGAUGAUGGUUCUCUUCCUUCGACCGAUGCUCUCAAUCACCUCAUGACCGGCUCCUUGGUUCACAACGCCAUUCGUCCUCGUCAGAAAUGGGGUUGUGUUGUAUUUCAAGCCAAUGAAGAACUAGACGCUGGUGCCGUAUGGGCAUGGGAACAUUACGAUCUUCCAGUAAUAGGAUCCAUCACUAAAUCUCAACUUUAUCAAUCAUAUCAUCGUCCAGCAGCCGUCAAAGCUCUCAUCAAAGCAAUGUGUCGAAUUUUCCGUCAAUCUCGUGGAAUGGGUGGACUGAAACAAAUGGAAUUUCCAGAAGCUAAAUUGAAAUGGCACGACAUAUCAGUUUCUGGAAGUAUUUUACCGGAAAAAUUAUGCGAUAGACCAAUCCUUCGUCCGAAAGAUAGGAAAAUCGAUUUCGCCCUGAUCACCGCCAUUGACGCUAAAAGGAUCAUCGCUUCUGCCGAUUCUCAACCUGGAGCACAACUCAGUCCCCCUACUACAGAUUCAACAACUGCCAUCUUGAUUUAUGGAGCUCAUGUGGAAUUAUCUCCUCCUCCAUUUUCCAUCUGGAGUAGUUUGGGAGUUCAUUAUUGGGAAGAUGUUCCUGCUGGACGUAUCAUCGCUUCGAGAGAUGGAGCUUUGUGUUUCAAAACUAAAUCAUGUUCAAAAUCUGGCUGUGCCGAAUGUGGUGUUGCUGUUUGGGUAGAGAUGGGACGUGUACCUAAAAAGGCUGGUCAACCUUUGGAACCGAAGAUUCCUUUGAAACUCGCCAUUCAACGAUCUGGACAUGGUGCUUUUUUGAAAGGUGUUGGUGAUUGGCCGCAAUAUAUGAUGUACCAAGUCCCAGGGACUUAUCAAGAGAUUUACAUUGAUUCUGUCUCUCUUCAAGAUCGCAGCAUCGUUCAGUUUGUUCAUUUCAACUUCUAUAACGGAGCUAUGUCAACCACCAAAUGUCACAAUCUCCUUCGAAUGCUUCAAUGGUGUACCCACCCUAGUCGCGGUAAUGUUCGCGCUCUAGUCUUAAUGGGUGGUCUUACUUGUUUUUCGAACGGUAUCGAUCUUUGCACUAUCGAAGCUGCAUAUUCCCCAGGUGAAGAAACCAUGCGCAACAUCAUUGCUAUGGACGACGUUUGCGAAUUCCUUCUCUCCGAUGUGUCUGUUCAUAAAUCCGCCAUUAUCGGUGCUGGUCCAAGUUUGGCCGAAAGGGGAAUCAUGACGAUGGCUUGUCUGAAAGGUAAUGCAGGAGCGGGAGGUGUGGCAUUGGCUACCAAUUGUUCUUUUGUCAUUGGGAGUAAAACGGCGGUUUUCAAUCCUGGUUAUAAAGGUAUUGGAUUGACUGGUGCUGAGAAUCAUACGUUCACAUACAAUCAUCGUACUGGCGACACCAUGGCCGAACGUCUUCUCACCGAUCUCAUCCCAAUGAGCGCUUCUCAAUCUCAAGCCAUCGGUCUCAUAGAUCAUUCAACCGGUACAUUCGAUAUGACACCAUUACAAAUCGACAUCACUAUGAAAUCCCUUUGUCUAGCUAUCCUCAAUUCCACAAUUUCUUCACCUAUCGCAUCUUCCAUAACUCCCGCACCAUGGGCUCGACCAUCAAGAGGUUCACCACCUUCAAAAGAUUUGUUACUCACUACGGCAUAUACACAAAGUCAAAUCAAAUACAUGUCAAAUAUCCCUAUUCCUAUUGCUCAUUUACGACAUAUAGAAGAAGAAGAAAUGACUAUAGAUUCUUUUGAUCCAUUACGCUCUAAACGUUAUCAUCCUCGUCGAUAUGCUUUCGUAAGAAAAGUUAAAGCUACAUCAACUCCUCUACGUUACGCACAUCAUUUAUCCAAUGGUGAAAAAGAUAUAGAAUCAACACCUCAAUUCGAUCUCACAUUUCCGGAUUAUCUAAAAGGUUGUUAUUGGACUUUAGCAGGUUUGAAAAUACCUAGAGAUUUGAUUAAAGAUGAAAGAUCUCUUUCACAUUUUACAAGAUCUGAAAAUUCAAGCUCAAAUGGUGAUGAAGCCAAUAUAUCUGGAACUACAGCAUUUACAGAAACGGAUUAUAUUAUCAAUGAAGAUGUUGGAAAACAAGAGAAAUCUCCAACGAAACCGAAUAAAGAUAUUAUAGUUUCAUCUAUUUCAUCAAAAUCGAAAACUAUUCAAUCCCCAACAGAAAUUCCAACUCUCACCACUGCUGUUGUCAAAGGAAUCAAUAAUCCUAAAGAUAAAUCUAUGAUUUCAAACAAUGAUGGUAUGAACGGAAAAGAUCAAAAUAAAAUCAUUUCGAAAGAAGGGGGAAAUCAUCUAUCACCUUCAAUUCCAAUUGAGAUUGCUUCCAUACGAUCUCGUUCAUCUCAAGGGAAAAUGUCUAGAUUCUUAACUAUGCUCAAACGUGGUAAUGGUGAACAAUAUCGUCAAAUUGAAAAAGAAUCAAAGAAAGAAGAACCGAUGAUUAAAAGAAUGUUUGGAAGUUCAACUAGACGUCCUCAAACUUCUUAUGUAAAACAACAAUCUCCUUUGAUUACAGGAGCAGUUUUCGUUCCUCCUACCGUAAAACAACCUUCGAAUCAAGAUUCAGAAGAAUUACCAAGUUUGACUGUGGAAAAAGCAAGUAUUGAAAAUCAACCAGUCAAAAAUGAUCAAGUUAUUAAACCUCAAAGACCUGUUACAGCUGGUCAAAUGACCAUUGGGAAAAAUGCAGGAAGAAGGUUGAAAACUGGUAAUCAUUAUACUUUACCAGAAGUUCCAAAUGCCGAUAUCAUCGAUUUUCCUUGUAUUUAUAACCCCGCCCCUGAAGAGAAUGAAGGAAAUGGACGUGAAGAGGAAGGUCAGACUGGAAGGGCUUACUAG